CUUCCUUUUGAUAUAAGCCAGCCAACCAGCCCUCAGUCAAGUAUCCCUGCUCUCUUCCUCUGUCCUUGAAACAUAACGCUACAGCCAGCCAUGGGAAAGGAAGUCGAGCCUGAAGCAGAGCCAUGCAUUGGCUUCCGUGAUGGUGUGUGCAAGUUCCUGGCUAUUCUCUUGGGGUCUUCGCUCAUCAUGGCUUUGUCCUACCAACCGUUCUUGUACACAGCUACAGCUGACACCUCCUCCUCCGAGAAUGCUGAGAUUCUAGCCGUGAUCGCUUCGACAGGACAAUGUGAUCUUUCUUCCGGAGAAUGGAUCCCUGACGCUCGAGAUCCAGCUUACAGCAACUCAACCUGCAGCUUCAUAUCUUCUUAUCAAGACUGCUUGACGAACGGCCGGCCUGACACUGGCUAUCUUCAAUGGAGGUGGAAGCCAUAUGGCUGUGAGUUGCCUCGAUUCGACGCAAACAAGUUCUUGAAUCGUAUGAGGAACAAAUCCUUGGGAUUUGUGGGUGAUUCAGUCUUCCGCAACCAGAUGGAGUCAUUGCUUUGCCUUCUCUCCGAGGUGGAAGAAGUUGUGCUGGUCUACCAUGACGAAACAUUUCAGACCAAAACAUGGCACCUGCCUUCUCACAACGUCACACUGGGGCUGAUUUGGGCUCCUUUCCUGAUCAAAUCUACGCAAGCCAUCUCCAAAAACCACCUCCAGCUUUAUCUCGACGUCCUCGACGAUACCUGGACGAGCCAAUACCACAAGUACGACUACGUGAUGAUUUCUGGUGGCCAGUGGUUCCUCAGAGAAACCAUAUUCUGGGAGAACAACACAGUCGUCGGUUGCCACUUGUGCACGGGGAUGAAUCUGACGGAACUCGGCAUGGACUAUUCUUAUCGGAGAGCACUCCGAUCUGUGUUGGACUUCGUGAGCAGCUCAGAGCACAAGCCACUGGUGGUUCUCAGGACCUGGACUCCCACCCACUUCGAGCAUGGGAUGUGGUACAAUGGGGGGAUCUGCAACAGAACGAAGCCUUACGAGGAGAGUGAGUACGCUGCUGACCCAGUGGAUGUUGUGAUGAGAGAAGUGGAGGAGGAGGGGUUCCAGGAAGGGGUGAGGAGUGGGCUGAGGCUGAGACUGCUUGACACUUACCAUCUCUCUACUCUGAGGCCAGAUGGGCAUCCAGGACCCUACAGGAGAUUCCACCCUGACAUUAGCAAGAAGCCACAGAACGACUGCCUUCACUGGUGCUUGCCUGGGGCAAUUGAUACCUGGAAUGACAUGCUUAUGGAGAUUCUGAUGGGCGAUGAAGAACUGAGAUCUGCUUUCUGAUGUUGUGAAGAUGAUUUCUCCUAUGUUUGGAUAGUGGAAUAAGAUAUGGCGUGAUCUUUAUGUGGCCAACGAGUGUUGUGUUCUUGUUCUUCACCGCUUUGCUGCUUGAGAAUGAAGUCAAUGGAAUGGCUUACGCAUUCUAGCCUUGUCAAUAUGAUUUCAGUGCCAUUUUUUGAUAUUAAUGAAUUCAGCUCAAUUUUGA